AUGUUUGUGAACUGUUCAGGAGUCAAUGUCAGCUCCGAUCUCAUUUUCCCUCCGGAGACAGAACACUUGGAUCUGUCAAACAGUCAGUUGCAUUCUGUUCCAAGCAAAGGUCUCAGAUCCCUGUGGAAGUUACGGGUUCUCCUUCUGAGUGACAACUACAUCAGGAGAGUUGAAGAGAGAGCAUUCAUCUCCCUGGAGAGACUCCAUAAGCUUGAUAUUGGUAGAAAUGAGAUCUCCUUUCUUGGAAACAGUUUUUCAUUGGGUCUCGUUACUCUCUACGAACUCACUUUGGCCUACAAUAGGCUGCAGGAGCUACAGUACAAGAACUUAAAGCACUUUGAAAAUCUUCAGAAGCUCAAUUUGCAAAAUAAUAAUAUAUCAUUGAUAGAAACGGGUGCGUUUCGCAGUCUCACCUGCUUGAGGCAACUUUGCCUUCAGAAUAAUCACCUUCAUAACCUCAACAAUGGAGAUUUUUCUAUGCUGCAACACUUAGAAGUUUUGAACUUGGAGGGCAACAGAAUCAAAACCAUUGGCCCUGGCGUCUUUACUUCUUUAAGCAGCCUCACAAUACUUAACCUGGUGCACAACCAAAUUGAACAUAUUCGAUUCAAGACAUUAUUAUCUCUCCAGACCUCUGGAACUCACAUCUUGCUCUCGGACAAUCCAUGGUUUUGUGACUGUGACCUUCAGAGGGUUUUUGCUAAACUGCACAGUGUCAGAAGGCUGAUCCUAGAUGACUAUCACAAUGUGACAUGCAUGGAGCCCCAUAUCCUGAGAAACCGCCCUCUGUCAUCUGUGGACACCCAGCUGUGCAUUGCAGAGACGGUGACGGUUCUUGUCAUAACUUUCACAGUCUUUGUCACUGUGGUAGCUGCCAUUGUCAUGGCUGAAAGGAACAGAAAGAAGAGGACAGGCAAACACUGGAGUGAGGACAGCAAAGUCUCCUAUGAUGCUCAUAACUGAAGCAGCACAUCUUGAGAGAACCUUUUCAUCUACUUUGAGUUAUGAUAUUUAGUAAAUCCCUUCAGAUUUUGCAGUAUCUCUUUCCUUGCAAGAAGUUUUUAAUUAUUAUUUCCAAAGCAUAGUUCACCAUUAAAAGAAGGAGCAGAAAAUGUAGGUAUGUAGCUAUGAAUGUCUACUAUAACAGACAAAACUGCUGUAGCAAUCCCAGGUUACUACAGUAUAUAAAAAUGAAAGUGUGCUAAUGAUAUUUGGUCCCAUCCUGCUUCCUCCAUUGGAAGAAGGACCCUCGGGGUCCCUUCCAUCUCUACAAUUCUAUGAUUCUGGACUGCUUUCCGUAACAGAAGGUGGGCGUAGAGAAACUAGGCGUGUUUAACUAGAUGUGUUAAAUCUCUUCCCUUAAAGAGACUUUUCAUAUUCCAGUGCCUGGCGUAUGUUAUUCUCGUGGAUGCUAGCAUAUUUUACAUGAUCUCUUGGUUACAGAUGGAGGAGAAUUCUGCUUGAUUUGCAUUUUUAAGCAAAGGAACCUAAUUCAAACGUCCUGAUUGCAAUACAGUCCAGAUUCAGAUUUCACACCUCCUUUAAUUUUUCUUAGCAUUAAAAAUUACCAAAAUGCAUUAACAUGUGUAUUUUAAGAUAAAUACAGGUGCAUUCUUUUUUAAAAAUAUUUUUAUAUAUAUUUUUCCACAAUACAGUAACAACACAAUAUAACAUCAUAUGAUGACUAAGUUGCCUCCAGAGCCAUCAAUUAUUAAUGUCCUAGAUUUAUUUAGGACAUGUAAUUUAGCUAUAUUUUAUCCCACAAAUAUUUGGCAGAGUUAAACUGGAGUCUUGAUUAUCUGCAUAGACGAUAAAGCAGAACCAUUGUUUGUGAAACUUACCUUUUUUUGUCCUCUUUGUGCUUUCAGUUGAGCAGUCAUCUAUUCCAUGAGGGAAAUUUGUCAUGUUGAGGAACAGAUCAGUAGAACCAUUUGUGUGCUGAGGCUCUUUCAGUAGAAACUAUAUGUACACGCAGAUUAAAUACUUAUUUAAAAGUUGUGCAGUUCUGAUUUUUAUAUAUUUGAAUACUAAUUUUCAUAGAGUUUAAAAUGAAACACUGUAGCUUAAAGUGGAAAUGAGAUGGGAUUGUGAGAUGAACAAGCACGAGGGAUUCGUGAGCACAUUAGUAUUUAAUGCCGUUAAUAACUUAGGCCCCAAAUAUCUGAAAAACAGCCUCCUUCCCUACUGACCUUCUUGCAUACUAAAGAUCAGCAGAUCAACCAUCUCUUUGUAGUUCUGCUGCCCUUGGAAGUGCAGAGAAUAGGGUCCUUUCUUUGUGGCAGCCCCUAAAUUAUGGGACUCCAUCCCCCCAGAAAUGCACCUCGUACCUGAGUUUUUGCCACAUGCUGAAGACAGACCUCUUCAUCUUAGCCUUUGACAGUUAAGGCAUUUUGUUUGGUGGGAUCCAGUGUGGCGUAACGGUCAUCAAGUGUUGGGCUAGGACCUGGAAGCGCAAGGUUCGAAUCCCCACUCAGCCGUGAAGCUAACUGGGGGGCCUUGGACCACUCAGUCCUCAUCUCUUAGCCUAACCAACCUCACAGGGUUGUUGUAAGGGUGAAAUGGGGAGGAGCCUUGGAGGAGAACCAUGUGCAACACCUUGAGAUCCUUAGAAGAUGAAGGUGGUAUAUAAAUGUAAUAAAUAAUAAUAAAAUCUCUUUGGCUGAAUUUUUACUGCUCUCGUACAUUUGGAAUAGUUUCACAUUUGGAAUAGUGUUUUUUAAUCGCAAUAGGCUUUUCUGUUUUUAUGACUGGAUGCUGAACUUCUGUAGCCUGCUUUGGGACCUGAUGGUGAUGGGUGGGUGAGGAAUAUUACAAAUAAAUAACAAUAGGAAGCUAGUUCUGUACUUUUUUGGUUUAACAACAAUCUGAAUCAAAAUGCCACUAAUUAACUAGUUUCAGGGCACAAUUCAAAAGUAUCUCAUCUUGAUGUCCAUACAGGGAAUCAUUAAGAUAGUUGAGAUGCAGGUGCAAGAACCGUUUUAUCCCUUCAAUAAAUUGGUAUCAAAUUUCAGAGACUUUGUUUGUAUUUCUACCCUUGAGCUUUUACUUUCCUUAUCUAAAUCCAACUACCCAACCCUGUUGCACCAGCUUCGGAUAGAGAAUUUGUGAGAUCUUUCCAGCGGCAGCAGAUGCAAGUACAGUAAUUUAUGUAACGGUGUUUACUGUGCCAAGGAGGAGGACAAUAAAGUGGCUUUACCAGGUCUUGAUUGCUUUCUUUUCCUACAACAUUCAUCUAAUGGGAGUUGCCAUUUAUUCAAAAACAGGUCAGGGGUAUGAAAAAUUCCAGACCUUUUGUCCUUUUCUUCCUCCUACACAUGUAUAGAAAUGAUUUUCACCUAUUCUCUACCUUCCAUUGAAGCUGAAUUUCCCUGCCAAUAACAUCCGAGUCACUAUCCAGUGACAGUGAUUUGCGGAUUUUACUUAGAAAAUGAACCAAAGAGGCAUGCUAGGUAUAGGACUGCCAAACCACCCAUAACUUAAGUCAUCAAUUCACUUUUAUUAUGGAAAUUGGUAUGAGGGUAUACUAAUUAUGUUUAAUCCUCUAGAGACCCUUGUGUGGUUUAACAAAGUGUGUGUGGGGGCAGCUGGUGUCUGUUUUCAAAACGUGGGACUAACACACCAAGAGCCCCAAUAGCAGGGUAUGGUCCCAUCAUUAGGCUGAUUAAGGAAGCCUAGGAAUAUGCUAUUAAUUCUUAUUUAUUUUGUUCAGCUGCGUGAAGCAGCUGAACCCCAUUUACAAUUUUUUCAAAAAAUAAAAAAGACCACACAGUGCAAAGUAAGUUUAACAUUCUUUACUUACAGCUUCCUAGGUCUCAAAAAUGCAUUUUCCUUUAAGCAACAGCAAUAAAUUAAUAUUCUUAGUAAUACAGCAAAGCAGCCUCAGACAUGUGCUGAAUUAAAAUAUCUAAGUUGCCAAUUGUUUUGCUUAGUCCUUGGCCUCUGUCCUAGAAGAUGGCCACCACUUUCCCCAUUUUUGGUUCCUGUGCGUUUUGGAAUGUUUCGUGGCUACCUUUACAAGGAUUACUGUGAAAUUAUUUUAUAAUUGGUUCAUAAAAGGUUAGGUUUUAUUUUAUAAAUUUAUGAGCUUCAGAGUCCUGAGGUUGGAAAUCCUCUAGACAUUUAUUUCUACCCUGAAUUUCCCCAGUGUGGCCAUUUCUUUGUCGAGGAAAGAGAAUUGCAAGCCCGGUCGAAGAAUCUCUGGACCCCUGCCUUCCUCGGCAGACGCCUCUUCCUCCUCCUCCUCCUCCUCCUCCCCGGCAGGACACGGGGCUCCGGGGCCGCGGACGGAGCCGCCAGAGAGGAGCCCGUUUCCCGGGGACGCGGAGGCCCAGAGCCCGGCGGGGGAAAGAGCUGCGCCGCCGCGGAAGAGCCCGGCGCCCGCCUUGGGGGCCGAGGCGGAGCGGAGGGACGCGGCCGGCGCCCGAGGGCGAGGCGGGCCGGGCGGCGGCGGCGGAGGAGCGGCGGGAGGACGGUGAGGCGGAGGCGCCCGGGUGGUCCCUCUGCGGGGCGCAAACUGCGCCCGGGGCGAGGGAGGCGCGCAGGCGGCGGUGCCCCGGCCGCGUCCCUUCCUUCCGGCGCCCCCGAGAGCGCAGGAGCAGGCCGAGAAGUGUCCCGUCCCCAGAGAGCCCUUGAGGGAUGCCGCGCUCGGAAGCCGGCCAGGCGCUCAGCUCCGCGGGGAAAGGCGGCCUGAGGCGCCGCGCCAGACCGGCCUGCUCCCCCGGCUCCGGGCUCGGCGUGCGGCCGGGAUUCAGGCGGGGGGGGGGGAGCCAGGAAAAGCGCCCCUCGGUUGGGGAGAGCCACGCCGCCUUCCUAGGGAGCCCCUGCCGGCAACAAGCUCUCCAGAGGUUAGGGGGGGGACGGACGUAAAGGCCCCCUGGACGCUUCAGCCCAGUCCGAGGCGACUCUGGCUUCCAGGCCGAGGGAGCCGGCGUUGUUCCACAGACAGCUUUUCCAUGUGGCCUGGAUCGGAUGCAAAAUAAAAGAACAGAAUUUCAGCAGCUGCCUUGGCUGUCCGUCGGGUCCAUAAGGCACAGAGUCAAAGCAUAACUGUAGAUUGUUUUGUCUAUGCGCAGCAGUCAGGACAAAGAAGCUGUAUCUAAAAUUUUAUUUGUACUAUUUUAUUCUUAUGCAAUGUUGGCAUUGGUGUGUUUUAUAUGUGCACAAGUUUUAUAAGUUGGUUUUGUAGAUGAAUAUAUUUUAGCUUUUGUUUGUUCUUAGAAUUGCUGGUUUGUGUCAACUGUAAGCCAGUCUGAGCUCUUGGAGAUGGGCAAGAUAGAGAGGAAUUUUGAUGGGUCUGCUCAUUAUGUCUAUGAACAGCAGAACUGUUUAAGAUGUUCAUGCAUCUGCUGAGAGGCACUGGUUGUGCACUAAAGAACUACAGCCUAUUAGUUAUCUGACGGUGCACAGAGUGGAUUUAUUAGCAUUUGUUGAGAGAACACUGGAAAUAUGUUUGCUGCGUAAAGCCACAGUCCUGUAUGGACUUUAAAAGCAGCAUUUCAAAAACCACAUGCACAGGGGAUUGUUCAAAGCUAUAAUGGGGAAAAUGUCCCAGAUGGUGGCUUUAAUCUUGAGAUGUUGUCAGACAGAGCUUCACAGAUUGCCCUAAUCACCUCUUCCUCUUAUUUUUCUAGGCUACAGAAAUGGCAUAGACUUUCAUCUCUGAAUGAGCUAAACUAAGACUUGUUGAUGUUGAAAAGGUAAGAUUGGUUCUUCACAGUAAAGCAGAGUGGUCCAACCCCAGACCAAGUGGGCUGCAAGAGUUCUGUGACACAGAACCUGUGAGCCACAAACUGAACUGAAUUAAAUUUCCAUAUUGUAAAUUAAAGUGUUUGCAAUAAAUAGUAUUGAAUAUACAUUAUUAAUAUAUUUAAUUGAAAAUAUAUCAUUAAAACACAUUUAUUAUAUUCAUUUAUUACACAAAAUAUUAUGCAGAAAUUAUUGUAGAGGACUAUGAGCCACCUCCCCGUCCUCCCCUCCUCAUAGGACCACCGGUGCCACCACAGUACAUGUGGCCAUUACAGAAAGGCUAGAAGGGGAACCAGCAGCAGAGGCAGCUGCCCCACAGUUAACUUCACACACACGCCCCCCAGCAAGGGCGCUGUGAACAGUGUGGCCUGCAGCCCACCCCUUCCCUCAUCUGACCUCAACCCCCCAACUUCCACAACAAGCACAGACCAUAUGUAGGGGUGACAGAGCAUCAACAUUUGGAGGGCCACAGAUUCCCGUCCCUGUUGUAAAGGUUACCUAUUGAACUUGUGUACAUUUCCUUGGGAGUAAGUCCCAUUUAUUGCAGUGGUUCUUACUCCAGAGUAAUGGUGCCUUGGAUUGCAGGCUGUGUGCCUAUAACAUACAUGGUACACUAUGGUACAUGGCAUUCGAGAAGCAGCCUGAACGUCUGUGUGAGCCCAAACUGCCAACUUGCCUGCCUGCCUUUUUUUUAAGCUGCACUGUCAGCUGCCCCUUGUGGCUGCGAAGGACAUGCAACAGCUAUACUUAGCUGUGUGCAGUGCAACUAGGACCCUUGGAAUGAGAAGGAGCCAGAGGAUGGAGCCUGUGCAGCAGAAGCGUGAAGAGAACAGGCAGCUUGGGACAUCCAUUCCCCCUUCCCCCCUCCCAAAGGCUGCCUCAGUGAAGGAUGGAUGCCGUGCCGCGAACCUCAAGCCACCAGCCGCGCUUUCUGCACUUAGCUGAGCCGCCCUGGAUUCAAAGAUGAACAUCGCCAAGAAACCACCCGCCACAGAGCCAUGAGUGAAGUCUACUGUGGUGUGAGUCAUAUACAACACUGUGCUAGAAAGGGGAAGGGGGAAAUGCCAUCCUUCACAGGCCAUAGCAAUUCGGUCUCUAGUAUGCCUACAUAACAGUGAGUCCACGAGAGAAACGCUCUCUGAGUAUACUUGUGCUGCUGCAGUCCCAACAGAACUCUGGCAACAAAAAAUCCAGACUUCAGUCUCUGUUUUGUGAAUCUUCUUCUGCUCAGCCCAAAAAGGAACUCUAAAUUAUAUGUAAUGUGCUUAUAAGAACCUCAUUCAAUGGGCUGUGGGUUGGACUACCCUGCAAUAAAGUGUCGUGAUGUUUUGUAGGCUUGAAAAUGAAUGCUUUUCUCUCUGUGUGUUGACCGACAUGCAAUAAACAGGAGCUGGCUCCCAAGGAGUCGAUUAUGUGGACAAAGCAUGUACCGUGAUACCUCGGGUUACAAACGCUUCAGGUUACAAACUCCGCUAACCCGGAAGUAGUACCUCGAGUUGAGAACUUUGCCCCAGGAUGAGAACGAAAAUCGUGCAGCGGCAGCAGCGGGAGGCCCCGUUAGCGAAAGUGGUACCUCAGGUUAAGAACGGUUUCAGGUUAAGAGCAGACCUCCAGAACGAAUUAAGUUCGUAACCCGAGGUACCACUGUAUUGCUCAAGGAGAACCUACAAAUCAUAGUACAGUGGUACCUAGGUUGUUGAACAUAAUCUGUUCCGGAAGACCGUUCAACUUCCAAAAUGUUCGGCAACCAAGACGCAAUGGGCGGUUGGCAAAUUCCAUUGAGAAAAUGGAGAAACGCACCUCGGAAGCCGUUCGACUUCUGAGGCGCGUUCAAAAACAGAAGCAAUCACUUCCGGGUUUUUGGUGUUCGAAAACCAAAAUGUUCGGCUUCCGAAGCGUUCAACAACCAAGGUAACAUUGUAGCAGAUACAUGUAUUUAAAAACAUAUAAAGUGGGACGAAGUAGUUUGAAAGUGAUAUGUGUAGUUUGGAUUAGGUUCAUAAUUUGCUGUCCUAUUUGUUUUUCAUUUGUCAUUUGGUUGCCUUUUCUUACUUAGUUUAUAUUCACAUUUAUCUUUAGUGAAAUGGACAGGACAACUGUUUCAAAACAAUGUAAUACUUGUGAUGAUUAAAAAAAAAACCAAUAUGAAAAGAAGCAUUUAACCUAUUUAGACUGAUCUACAAUAUAUUGUUUUUAUUGGAACAGAUGUUGGAUGUUGGGAAAUGGCCAAUAUUUGCUCUCCGCUCUCAAGAGGAGUUGAAGUUAAUUCGCCAGGCCUGUGUAUUUGGCAGUGCAGGCAAUGAAGUACUUUAUGCAACUGAAAAUGAUGAGGUAACUCUUGCAGAUAUAACAAUUAAUAACCGUUUGCCUCUACAUCAUGUUUGUCUAAGCACACAUUGGAUUAAGAUUUUCAGGGCACAGGACUUCAAGGCGAUUGCAAGCACAGUAAAUGGAGUGGAUGUCAACUUGCCUUGCACAAUUUUUUACUGUGCCAAAACAGUUAUCCUUGCUGCAGAAUUCUUAUUUUCUUUAACAAUGAUAUAGUUCUGAUUAAAAUAUCUGACAAAAUCUUAAAAACUGUAACUAUUUUAUUAAACUUUCAGUCUGAAAUGCUAUGAUAGUAAAUAUUUUCUGUACUAACAGUAUCACUGUGUGACAGGUUUUUGCGCUUGGCACUAACUGCAGUGGUUGUUUGGGAAUCGGUGACACACAGAGCAGCAUUGAACCUCGAAGGUUAGAUACUUUAUGUGGCAAAAAACUAGCCUGCCUCAGCUAUGGAAGUGGCCCCCAUGUUGUUGCUGCUACCACUGGUAUGUUGUGUGCUUUUCAAUGUGGUUAGUCUACUCUGUUAGUCUACUUUGACAGGGAUAUUUAAUUUUUAACUGUAAGAGAAAAGCAGUAUCUACUCUUUACACUGAUAAGGAAGAACAUAUUAAGUUUUCGAUUCUGGGGUGAUUAUUGAGUCCAGUUCCUUAUUUUUUCAUGGGCAUACUUGUGUUACCACCUGGAAGGUCCAGAUCUUGGGACUCUUAUGAUAAUAAAUGAAAAUGGUCUGUGUUAAUAAUGUUUUGACUAUUUAGAGAUUCAAAAGCAGAUAACGAAGGAACAGUCACAUUUUGCUGGUGAAGCCAAGCUCAGAUUCAAAAACACCAAGGGACAACAUGUAGAAACACUAAGGAAAGAGCAAGGCUUUCCUAACUCUUAGAAUAUAUCCAUGUUACACUUUCUGUGCUCUUGAUUCAGUGCUCUCAAGCCUGUAAAGGCUAUGGGGCACAUUCCGCAUGAACUGCAAGAAGAUCAAACCUAUCCAUUCUUAAGGAAAUCAGCCCUGAGCACUCACUAGAAGGACAGAUCCUGAAGCUGAGGCUCCAAUACUUUGGCCACCUCAUGAGAAGAGAAGACUCCCUGGAAAAGACCCUGAUGUUGGGAAAGAUGGAGGGCACAAGGAGAAGGGGACAACAGAGGACGAGAUAGUUGGACAGUGUUUUCAAAGCUACCAGCAUGAGUUUGACCAAACUGCGGGAGGCAGUGGAAGACAGGAGUGCCUGGCGUGCUCUGGUCCAUGGGGUCACGAAGAGUCGGACACGACAAAACGACUAAAGCAAAGUUGAAAAGCUUUUUGUAGUUGCCUCCAGUCCCAGACCGAACUUGUUUCAGCAGGCCUUUCCCUGUUGAUUCAGUUCUACAAGGUUGGGUCGUAGAAAGGAUGUGAAUCUGGAUCAAUGCACUGUAGAGAUAAAUGGAAUAGCUGAUUGGGGUCUUUUUUUGUUUUUUGUUUUUUUUAAGCAAUGAGAGAUUGCAACACUAAACCUAAAAGAUCUGCCUCAGGUGUCUAAUUGCUGGAUAAAGUUCCAGUAGGAGAGAAUAUUAUACUUUGAGAUGCAUAGUAAGCAUGGAGAUUUUACUUUGCCAAAAAGAGGAGGGGGUUAUAUAACUUCGCACAUUCUCCUCAAGAUUUAAAUUGUUUCAUUUGAAGGCUUGACAAUAUAUGGAAUGCUAAUAGAGCACAACCCAUCCCUUUUACUUUUUUGAACCAUUAUUGUCUCCAUUAAUGCUUGCUAAUGCUUGAAUUGACAUUUGCCCUUAAUCGUGUUCUAUGUACAUAGUGGUUAAAUCACAGCAGAGGACAAUAUAUGGAACAAAAAGCUUCAGCCAUUGUUUAUUUUUUCUCUUUAGUUGGGAAAAAGAUAGCUUGUAAUGUUUUCAAAGUUACUUUCUUUUUAUAUUGUAGAAGGAGAAGUAUAUACGUGGGGACAUAAUGCUUAUAGUCAACUGGGAAAUGGAACAACCAACCAUAGUUUAGUUCCUUGCCAAAUCUCCACCAACUUGUUAAACAAAAAAGUGAUUGAAGUUGCCUGUGGCUCACAUCAUUCAAUGGUUUUAACAUCUGAUGGAGAGGUAAGAAAAUCUAUCAGAAUCUUGUUGAAGUAACUGGAAUUUUAUAUCUGAAACGAAAAGGGGCAAGCACUCUGGAUUGGAUAUAACGGGUGUAAAUUGUAUGCUGAUAGCCAUCUGAAAGUUCACUGGGCUACAUUGGUAGCUCUUUUGGGCUACAUAACCACUGCAAAAAUAAUGUCUCUUUCCUUAGUUUCUGAGGUUAGACAAGGGGAUGUGUGUUGUUUUAAAAUGUACUAUAUUACAUUAUUGUUAAUAUCUGCUCUGGGAAUCCCAGAUAUAGUGGAAUACUAGCUCAGAUACGUGAAUACUCACAUUGUUGUCCUAGUAAUUGCUUCCACAAACGAGAGCCAAUCUUAUCUAGUAUCAAGAAACCAAAAAUGAAAGAACUCUUUUUGAGAUGUAACUUCCAAAUAAUAUUUGUUUCUAUUUAUUUGCUUUUGGGAUGAUUUCUUCACAGACCUAUCAGUGACAUGAAUUUUCCAGAAAAUUUUGAGUCACAAAAAUUUCCAUCGGCCUAAAUCAACUGAGAUUUAAUUUAGCAUUUGUUUUUGACAUUAGUGUAAUCUUAAAUGUGUUUAUUGGAAGUGAGUACCAUUGAAUUAAGGGACGCGGGUGGCACUGUGGGUUAAACCACAGAGCCUAGGGCUUGCCAAUCAGAAGGUCGCUGUUCGAAUCCCCACGACGGGAUGAGCUGUUGCUCGGUCCCCGCUCUUGCCAACCCAGCAGUUCGAAAGCAUGAAGUGCAAGUAGAUAAAUAGGUACCACUCUGACUGGAAGGUAAACAAUGUUUCCGUACGCUGCUCUGGUUCACCAGAAGCAGCUUAGUCAUGCUGGCCACAUGACCCGGAAGCUGUACGCCGGUUCCCUCGGCCAGUAAAGCGAGAUGAGCACCUCAUUCCCAGAGUCGUCCACGACUGGACCUAACGUUCAGGGGUCUCUUUACCUUUGCCAUUGAAUUAAAUGGACCUGGCAUUUCUCUCAAUAUGGGAUUAUAACCAUAUAAUAUAGUUUGUUUCUUUACAGGUUUAUACAUGGGGCUACAACAAUUCAGGGCAAGUUGGAUCUGGCUCAACAGCCAACCAGCCAAUUCCACGGAGAGUCACUAGCUGCUUACAAAGCAAGAUUGCAAUUAACAUUGCUUGUGGCCAGAUGUGCUCAAUGGCAGUGGUAGAAAAUGGGGAGGUAAGAGAAUUCUUCAGAAUUAAAAGGGCUGUUUUUCUUUAUGGUGUGUAAUCUUGUGGUUUAAGUUGUUGACUGUGUCUCCCUACAGUAGACAAUGCUGCUAAUUAAGGCAGAUCUUUAAUUAUAAUAAGUCUGGUUAGAUUCUGACCGAAUAUUCUCUCCUGGUGUCUGGAGAACAACUGUCUCUUAAUAUUCAGAAUAGUGCUUCCUCCUGCCAUAAAGGCUCAAUUUCUGAUUUCACCAGGGUAACUCCUCCCUCCAAGCUGGGCACAGUUUUGAGUAUAGAAGCUUAUGAGUCCUCCUUGUCCUCUGUGCCUCCUCUUAACACAGCAUUUGAAUGAAAGUCUAUUGCGCUGCAAGGAAGAGUGUUUCAGAAGGGCUGAGGAGAGGCCCCUGGUGAAGAUAAUUGGGUAUCCAUUCUCCUUCCCCCAUGCUAGGUAGUGCAAGCAUGUUGCAGUACGGUUGUGCGCCAGAGCUGUCAGAAUGCUCUGCCCCCAUCUUCACAAGGAAGCACCAGUCUCAGUUACUAGAGACUCUGCAUUGGAGGUGCCCAAGAGGCAGUGCAGAUGGCAGGCCAGUCUGCCCAUGAGGCGAACUGAAGCAGCCGUCUCAGGUAGCAGAAUCCUGCCCCCGGGGUCACACAAUGACAGCUUCUGGUGAGAUCUCACUGGAAGCUGCUUCUGUCACCUUUACCAUUUCACCUUAGGUGACAAAAUGGAUCAAAGGAGCAAUUCUGUAUUGGAAGUUUGGAGUGUUAGGUCUGUAUAUGGACAGAGCGCAGCUCUAUUUUUUAUGCUCCUCAUGAAGUCUGUUAACAGCUGUCUAGAGACUGUCAACAGGCUGAAAGCUGAAUCCGGAAAACAGAUUUCGAUGGUUAAACUGGGGGAUAGGAUGUUUGUAAGUACCAGAUUGGUAGCUGCAUAGAUUUGGUCUACCUUCUGUCACAACUUUGAAAUGUUCUUCCAAAGGAACCUCUCUGACUGGGUCCUUUCUGAGCAGUCCAAGUUAGUGAUGGUUUUUUUGUUCCCUUGAGCUUUUAACAACUGCAAAUCCACCUCCCCUUGUCUUCAUUUACUUUGUGGGCCAGAUCCAACAAAAUAGUUGCAGCAGCUGGAGGCAGCAGAAGGAGUCCCACCAAAAGCGUGAGGCUUCCCCACCUCCUAGCACCACACAUUCCCUCCUCCAAAUCAGCUCUGGGGUGCCUGUGUCACGUCAACAUGUGGAGGGAGGGAGCGGAGAUUGUUCGGUCUGGCAAGAAAUGCUUGCGCUGAUGGAACAAUUGUAACAGCGCAGGGUUGAGUGCCACCCCUCCACUGCUGCUUGCAUGGUAAAGUAGAGGAAAUGCCACCCCUGGCCAUCAUCCUCUUUGCCCUAAGAAUCAAAUUUGUGGGUGAAAGAGAGUCGUAAAACUGCAAAUUUUGUUUAGGUCUAAUUUAGGGGCAAUUCCUCAGGUAAUUUCCCAUCCACAACGCAUAAGCAUUAAAGGGCAUGAUAAGUUGAAAGCUGCUGAAGGGGGAGGGGGCAGAGUCUAGAGAAAGAACUGUGAGCGGAGCAGUGUCCUUUUUCCUUCCUUGAGACCCCCUGGGAGACCCACCAAACGUUCUGAACCAGGAACUGGGUGUGGACCAAGGGACCGGUUACUUUUAUAAGCUACGUGACUUUGUUGCUUAGUUUGAUCUUUUUACGCGGUCAUUUAUGUAUUGUAGUAUUCUAAGUUUUCUGACUUCGCUUUUAUUUUUAUUGAUUAUAGUCUAGUAAUGAUUUAUUGUUAUUGUUUGAGAGUGCAUUUCUGUUUAAUUAUUAUUUAAAUUUAAUAGUGUAAAUUUACACUAUUUACAAUAGGGAGUAAAUUUAAUAGUGUAAUAUAUCCUAAAUGGAUCAUUGCAUAUUGCUUUAUUUUACAUGUUUAUUUUAAGGUCAUAUUCUUUAUCAUGGCUCAUUUGCAUUGGAUUGGGUUGUUAUAUGAUGUGUGAUCUUUGAUGUAUAUUUUGUUGUUGUCUCUACAGCUUAUAACCUGCCUUAUAGAAAGGCGGCAUACAAAUUAGAAGUGAGAUGAAAAGAAAAGCCAGGGGCUUCAGCUGCUCAUGGGAUCAGUUUAGGGGCAAAUGCAGGAAACCAUUGGACAGCGCUGCCUCUGCAACCUGAGAAGUCUAGCUAGUGUGUGCUCUAACCUAAUACUAAGGUUAGAAGGCAGCAGCUACCCAAGCAAAUUGGGGCAUUCAGAUAUUUCUCUGAUCAAGCGGGUCAUUUCAUCACCCCUGUACACAUAGAUAUAUUGGACUGGGCAGGAUCUUUUCUUGUUAGAUGCAUCUCAGGUGAAUGCUAAGGUCCCAUGGAGUACAGAACUGGUUCUAACACUUAAGGAAAUGAAAGGUUUUUCUCUCUCAAAAAAGUGUCAUAGUGAAUUACACCAAGAUUAUAGGGGAUUCUGUAAUCCUGUUUCCCUCUUCUUUACUCUUAUUCCUGCAAACUAACUGGAAUUAUCUUCCUUUCUAAGGUUUACGUCUGGGGAUACAAUGGCAAUGGUCAGCUUGGAUUGGGCAAUAGCGGCAAUCAACCAACACCUUGCAGAAUAGCAGCUCUGCAAGGCAUCCGUGUGCAGCGGGUAGGUUUCAUUUGUUGCCAGGCCUUCGUUAAAAGAUUACCCUACUGGGCUAUGUAUUUCAUCUUAUAUACUGAUAGCAAGCCUGUCCUCCCAAGUGUGGAUACUGAUGCAGCCAAAACAGCGCUAUCCCCAUACAGGAGGAAAGGUGGCAACAUGCCUGGGGGAAGCUGCAAGUUUACAGAAGCCCAAAAUAUAUUUAGGAAAAACAUUCAAAGGGGGAAGGACCCCAAAAACAGCUCUGUGAGCCAUGCUCAGUUGGCAUUUAGUGCUGAUUGGCUUUUGUUGGGCUGAACUGGUGUGUGGGAGACAGAGAACGAGCAAAGUAUUUGGAAGAGGGUCUGCUUAACUGGAGCUUCGAAAACGAGCACUCUGCACUAUCUUAUAUCGUCAAAGAAAUUAAUUUUUUAUCAGAGAUACUGUCGAAAGUGACUUGAGUUAUCAGUACAGUGCCAUUAUCCUGAAAUGGAUUUUCUAGAUGGGUAAAUAUUAGGGACUGGGCAAGUAUUCAACAUGAGACAGCUGAAAAUGGGAGCAUCCCCAGAAUCAACGGUCAAGCUCAAAACAGAUUAAAACACAAGUCUACAUGUCUGGGUAGAGUACAAUGCAGAUACCUGACGGGUGUCAAUAGACAGAGAGUUCCAAAGGGUGGGUGCUGCCAUGCUAAAAGACUCAUUUCUUACAAGUGCUGAAUGAAUAGUGUGUGGCACCUGGUACAGGGUCAGUUCUGCAGGCAGAAGUUGUCAAGUGGGCAUGUAUGGGGAAGUGGAUAUGUGGAGGAACAAGGUUCAAUUAGGUAGUGUAGAAAGAAGGCAGAACAUAGGGGGUUCUCACUCUCAAACAGGGAAGUUAAAUGAGAUUUGCUGAAUGCUUGGCAUAUUCUGAAAAGAUGAUUUGCAGUUGCACAGGUAGGAUAUAGGAAGAAAAACCAGCCGCCUUGAAAGAAUCAGAAUUGCAGAGUUGGAAGGGAACCCGAGGGUCAUCCAACAUGUGCUUCAAAACCUCCAGAUGAAGAUUGUUCCACAGCCGAACAGCUCUUAGUGUCAGAAAAUUCUUCCUGAUCUUUAGUCAGAAUCUCCUUUCAUGUAACUUGAAGCCAUUGGUUUGGGUCCUACUCUCCAGAGCAGCAGAGAACGAGCUUGUUCCAUCUUCCUUGUGACAGCCCUUCAAAUAUUGGAAGGUGGCUAGCAUAUCUCCUCUCAGCCUUCCCUGCUCUCCUGCAGAAAUAAAAAGACUCAAAGGGGUGUGGGUGUGUCCAGACACACACUUCCUUGAGUGAAGGGUUUUGUGGGGGGGAAGCUCGGGAGACUUUUGCAAGCUGCAAAUGUCCCAUUCAUUAGUGUAAUAAAAAAGAAACCUAAAUUUCAAUGAGAAAAGACUUAUUUCCCAAUAACUUGGGAUGAAUUAGCCUUAUUUCAGUUUUGUUUUUUUACCUGUUCCAUAAUGUAAGUUAAUCUGAGCAAUGCUGACCCAAGACACUUAACUGAGUAUUUGUAGAUGUGUUGUGAUUGCAGGGUCAACUGGUUUGAGAUAGCCCACCUUCUGCCUUUUCCUGUUUCCUUGGCUGUUCCUAAUCCUGCAUAAGGUCAUCUUCUGUCAGUUUUGAAUUUACACAUUGCCUAAGUGUCAAUCUGUAUUCACUCUGUGUCCUGCCACAUGCAGACAGAAGACUCUCUGAUAUGUUGAAAGCUGGUAUUUCUCACAAACUCCGAGAGAGAUCAGCUUCUCAAGUUCUGUUUGUGAAUCUUGAAUGUGAUAAAUGAUUCAACUGUCUUUUAAAUAAAUACUUCUCCAGAAAUGUUUUUAAAAGCUUUAAUAAAUCUUCUUGGAUGCAAAAUGCAAAAAUGUAAGAAUACAAAUUAUUUUAGGUGCUUUUCUUUUCUAGGUUGCCUGUGGCUAUGCACAUACCUUAGUGCUAACGGAUGAAGGUCAGCUGUAUGCCUGGGGAGCAAAUUCCUAUGGCCAGUUAGGCACUGGGAAUAGAGGGAACCAGUCCUACCCUUCACCUGUUCCUGUGGAUAAAGACAGGUAGGAUCCUGCUAAUAAUCACGCAAUAAGCAGAAUUUCUGGCCUGUACUGCAGCAACUCUGGGAUUUUUUUCCCUUAGACAUUAUCCAUAAGUAAGGAAGAUAGUAAAAUUAUUAGACUGUUCACAUUUUUGAAUAUAAAGCCUAUAGAUCUAUACAAAGGUGCUUUGGCAAUAAAAUAAUUGGGCAAGAGCAACUCAGUAGCUGGAAAUGGCAGUAUCUUUUCCUCAGUCUUUCUUGGAAACAGUAGCUUAUUUUUGUGUGUGCUUUUAAGCGUUUGUCUCCCAGUAUGAGAAGUGCGAGGCUUUAAGAGUGUGAAUAAUAGAGCCUCACUUACAGCUUAUCAAGCUAGGACUACGCAUUACUAGUCCACUUCCCAUUUCCAAACACUGGCUGCUCCUUCUCUGCUUCCCUGCCAGAAUGAGGUGGAGACACCUGCAGAAGAGAAGCAGUGGGCAGGGGAAUCCCCAACAAUUCCCUUUUCUGCCAAGAUAUGCUUCCCGGUUGCCUGCCAAUCCCCCUUCCCAGUUCUGUGCUGCAGUAGAGAAGAAGCAGUUUGCCUAUUGGAAAUGUGAGGUGCUUGGUAAACCCAGACAAGAGGUGUUGGCUGGAGACUUUCCUUUUUCCAUAAUUUGCUUCUAAUACCGUACUUAACAAAUGAGAUAUCAAUUUGUACUUGGAUAAGGAUCACAGUUAUCAGAUGCCUUUGGGCACUUCCUGUAUGCUUUUAUAAUCACAUCCAGGAGAGAGAUGUUCUGCCUCCAGGCAGGUGUGUUGUGGUUUGUGUAGACAAAUAUAAUAUAAGCCGCACCUGCAAAUAAGCCGCACCUUUAAAAUUCAGACACUCAUACAGGACCUUCACCGCCUUCACUGGUUCUGAUUUGAAAGAGAGAUAGAGCUGGGUAUCAUCUGCAUAUUGAUGGACAAUUGGAAAGAAAAAGAAACAGCAGCGGGGGCCGGCUGGACAAGGAGAGACAUUCUGCUGGGGGCGCUCAGCUCACCUCAAACCACGCCAGGUGGGGUGGGACGGCGGGAGCUGCUGUGCCGCCACCAUGCAUUCCCCCCUUGCCUGCCCCGCUGCUGAUAAUCCCACCGCUCCUGGCACCAGGCAGGCACCCCCCUGCUCCAUUAACAGUGGCGGGGCAGGCAGAGGGGUGGGCACUGCUGCGGCAGCCCCUGUCGGCACUUGCCAUCCCGCUGCCUGCCACUCCUGGGCACCCCCCCCCCCAAGUCAGCGGAGGCGGGAGGCGGGAAACGGCAGCCACCAGCCAGCCACCCGCCACCCCUGCUUGCCAGGGCUCCAGCCGGAGUUAGAGUUAAGGGGGUGGGUGUUCACGGCAUGUCUGUUUCAGCCAAUUUUUGUAAGGUCGUGAAUUUAAGUCGCACUUUAACUUUUCACAGUCGGAAUUUGAAAAAAUAAGUACCAAUACGGUAUUUAUUUCAUAAAAUUUAUGCAAUGCUUGAUUGUAAAAAAUCUCCAAGUGGUUUAUGGUAUUGAAAUAAGCUCUCUUACAGUCUCAGAUGGCAUCACUGGGUGGGUUGCAUCACUCGCCUGACCUCCCUGGGGCUAAGACACUGCUGCAUCAUGGGAUGGAGGAGGCCCAUGGGGGGUGAGGUCAGUGUGGUACAAGCACACUGUCAGUAUCAGUCCAGCACUCCUUGCCGCUGCUUCACCUGUCCCUGUCCUGGUAUGCAGCAGCAAUUCAGCCAGAGUGAGGUCAGGUGAGCACCACAGCUCCUCCAGGCUGUCUACUUCUGCUGUCUUCAUAACCCAUGAUUUAAAGUUGGCUUCUUUAAAACAAAGCAUGAUUUGGCAGAAAGGCUGUGUGUGUGUGUCAUAUGUCAGGUUUAGAGAAAACAACAAGCUGCAAUUCAUUAAAAACAGAAGGGAAAUUUUCCAAACUUGUUGCUGUGCCCUAACUGUAGUUGGCAGUGCCUGAACUUGUUGCCAUCAGGAUAGACCAUGGUUUCUCAUUGCCUGAAUUCAUGUUUGCCCACAAACUGUGGUUUGUAUGAAGCUGACAAACUAGAAUCUGAAAUCAUAGCUUGAAGUUGUAGUACUGGCUGGUUUGCUGUGUCUGAGUUCAAAGUCCAUUAAAAAAAACAGGGCAAUUGUUUUGCAUAAAGAGGUUCCUGCACCAUGGAGAUGAAUGACUUCAUGAAAUUAUGAAAUACAGUCCUCAGUUGUGAAAUAAAAGCAUAUAAAAAUAUUGAAAACAUGGUUUGAGUAUUGUAUAUUUGGAAGCUCAAACAACUAAAGUGUUAAUUUGGCCUAACACAAUCUGGUGUCAUGUUAUGUUUGAAUGGAGACUAGACCUUUUUAUUUGAGAGGCAGAGGUGUGUCGUGCUUUCUUGAGAAUGGCAGAUUACAGAGUACCUGAUUCCUUAAGGCAAUUCCUGCAAGCAACAGGGUGUGGUAUCCCACUGCCAGGGAGAGGGAGGAGCAAACACCAUAAUAGCUGUGGACUUUGAGGACCCAGGAACAGUGGAAGCCAGGACUACUGAAAUGCUUUAUAGGUCCUAGAAAACAUACGAGUUGGGCAUAGAAGAACACAUCAUAAAUUUAUAGCACAUGACCCCCCCCCCCCCGCAAAAAAAAAAGAUUCUGGGAACUGUAGUUUACCCCUCACAAAGCUAAACGGCCUCGGUCCUGUAUACCUGAAGGAGUGUCUCCACCCCAUCAUUCAGCCUGGACACCGAGGGCCUUCUGGUGGUUCCCUCACUGUGAGAAGUGAGGUUACAGGGAACCAGGCAGAGGGCCUUCUCGGUAGUGGCGCCCACCCUGUGGAGCACCCUCCCAUCAAAUGUCAAGAGAAUAAACAACUAUCCCGACUUCUAGAAGACACCUGAAGGCAGCCCUGUUCAGGGAAGUUUUUAGUGUUUAAUGCUGUAUCAUUUUUCUGAUAUUUGGUUGGGAGCCACCCAGAGUGGCUGGGGAAACCCAGCCAGAUGGGUGGGGUAGAAAUAAUAAAUUACUAUUAUUAUUAUUAUACUUCCCAGCACCCUUAACAAACUACUGUUCCUAGGAUUCUUACUAUUCUUACUGUAUAUUUAUUUAUACCCCACUUUUUCCCCUGACAGGGCUAAAGGUUGCUUACAGAUAAAAACAAGAAUUGCUAAAAACAAUGUGCAGUGUUUAUGCAGCCUGACCAAAGAUUUUGAGGACAAGGGGGCAGAGUCUAAAGAGAGUUUUUUUAUAACUGAUAAAUGUGCCUAGAAAGGCAAGUCUAGCCAUCAGAAUUACAGUCGAGGCAAGGGAUAGGAAAGGCCAUUAGGUUACAAAUAUGCAUUUUAUCCACCGAAGUGGUGCUGGAACAAUGGCCACCUGCAGCUAGGACUUCUGAGCUUUGUCACUGCAUGUUGUCCUUAUGCCACUGUUUUUUUAUGUUUGCUUUUAAAUAUAGAGUCGUAGAGAUUGCUGCAUGUCACUCUGCUCACACUUCUGCUGCUAAAACCCAGGGUGGCCAAGUGUACAUGUGGGGUCAGUGCCGGGGACAGUCUCUCACUCUGCCGCAUCUCACCCACUUUGUCUGCACGGAUGAUGUGUUUGCUUGUUUUGCUACUCCUGCAGUGACUUGGCGUCUCCUCUCAGUGGGUGAGCUUCAGACAAAUUUUUUUCUGUUUGCAUUGCUGUAUCUUACUUAGUUCUUGAAGAUAUGUAAAUAGCAUUCUUUUCAGUGGUAUAGUUUGGAUCACAGCUUGGUGGAAGAAAUAAGCCCCACGUCCUUGUCAGGGUUGGCUCUAUCUCCUCUGACAUGGCUUCUCUUUAGGUGAAAGGCAGGCCUUCUGCCAUAUUGGUCCUAAGGGACACCUGCCCCCUUAACCUGGACUGCUGAAGGCUCCUUUCCGUCUGGUGUUCUGCUGAAUGUGCUCUUAAAUCUUCCCAGGAGGAGAGGAAAGCUCCAAACACCGCUGCUGUGAUAGCAGUUGGAAAGCAUCUGAAUGGCACAGGCCUGACCAUUCUGAGAGCUGUGGAAAGCCCUUCCCUAUCUGUGUUGCAGGUCUGAGCAACUGCAGAACCACAAAGGAGAAUUUGCAAGAAGCUCAGCCGUAGGCCAGGAGGAGGGAGCCUGGGGCCAAAAUGCACAAUCCCAGACUCCUGGGAUUCCCCCCAGGCCACCCCGCUCUCUGCACAUCGUCCUAGAGCAGCCUUCCUCAACCCUGGGUCCCUGUGUGUUGUUGGACUACAACCCCCAUCAUUCCUAGCAGCAUGGCCAGUCAGGGAUUAUGCCAUUCAAGAACAUCUUGGGGCCUGAGGUGAGAAAGGCUGUCCUGGAGUUUUCCUGCCUGGCCGGAAUAUGUCCCUGCACUCUUGUGUGCCUGGCUGGAGGACAGAGGUGGGGUGUCAGUGUGUGUAGAAAUUAGCCUCCUGUGCAUCAGUAAAAUUUACAUUAGUUGGCCUGCCCCCUUUUGCUGGUAGCCCUGCCCACCCCCAGUAUGUCAGCUCUGGCAGGUUGCCUCUUCCGUCAGAUCUGCUGCUCCCUUCAUAUGGCACCGUAUGUCUGCAGUGACCUCAUCAGUCAGAGUGAGAAACAGAAUAUCCUGGGAUAUGUUUAGCUUCCCACUACGUUUUAACCAAACUUCCAACCGGAAGUAGAAAAGAAAGAGAAGCAGCCUGGUGAACUGUCACCAGCCAGCUCCCACAGCGCUUCUGCAGAACCAUCUUGCCCCAAGAGAAGCAGUCACAAGCGCUUUUGCUUUUCCCAUUUUGUUGUAAUUUUUAAAAGUAAUCCUUAUCAUUGUAAAAAUAUUUUGUGAACUGAUUGAGGUCAGCUUGAAAAACAAUACACGAAUGCCUCCUACUGCUCAGAAGGCAGGAAACGCAAUCCUAAAAUUCCUGUCGGUCUCUGUUUGUUUCCUGCCUUCGCUCAGGGUCUGCUGAUUCUUCACCGAUUCUCCUACAAGCUCAGCUCAUUCUGCCUCCUAUUUCUGUCUCCUCUUCUCUUUAGCCUAGUUUAGCCUUCUGUCUUUUACUGCUCUCCUCUUUGCUUUUCCUUUGUUUAAAAAAAAGCACAUGUUUAUUUGCCCAGCUCCCUGGUGCAGCUUUCCCUUUUUACUUUGCCUCCUUUUCUCCCUGUCCCAAUAACUCCAUCUUGGAAAGGAUCAACCCGUAAGACUUGUGGCAGCAGCAAACACUGCCAGGUCCUUAAGAAAAUGGGCAUAUUCCGUGGUAGCAGUUGGCAAAUGCCUCUUUGCUUCAUCUUCCUAGACUGGUGAGCUAACAUUUGGGACAGUCAAGUUGCUGUAGCUGCAAGGAGGAAUUCAUUGCCAGUCCCACUCGAUUGCCCUCCACAUCACAGUGUCUUGGCCUUGCUGCCCAAAGUGAAACUGCUCCCUCAAUGACCCACCAAUCUCUGGGUAUGCAACAAAGCAGGCACCAUCUUGAGUAAAACAGUUAUGAACACAGGCCAUCAGAUGGUGCCUGGAACCUGCCUCAGGCAGAAUGCCUCUGACUCUCUUGGGGAAGCCUCUGUACAGGCCGAGGUUUAGACCACAGAGCCACCCAUGUCCCUUAUUGGAGGUUCCACCAAUUGCCAAUCAGAAGGUUGGCGGUUCAAAUCCGCAUGAUGGGGUGAGCUCCCAUUGCUGUGUCCCAGCUUCUGCCAACCUAGCAGUUCAAAAGCAUACCCGUGCAAGUAGAUAAAUAGGUAAUGCUGUAGCAGGAAGUUAAACAGUGUUUCCGUGCACUCUGGUUUCCUUCACGGUGUUCUGUUGCACCAGAAGCAGUUUAGUCCUGCUGGCCACAUGACCCGGAAAGCUGUCUGUGGACAAACGCCGGCUUCCUUGGCCUGAAAGCGAGAUGAGCGCUGCAACCCCAUCGUCGGCUUUGACUGGGCUUAACUGUCCAGGGGUCCUUUACCUUACCUUUAACAAGCUGAGACAAUGUCAGCACAGCAAAUCUCCUGAGCAGGUAGACACCCCCCUCCCCCCGGGCACAUCCCUCCUGUUUCUUAAGUUCCAGCUUUCUGUUUAAAAUUAGACUGUUUUCAGAAGAAAAAAAAAAUCCAUUUGCUGACAUUUCAUGCUGUUUGAUUUCCUUUUUCUUUCACCCAUAACACUGGCAUAAAGAGUACCAGGAGUGGGGGCUUUGCAGGCUCUGAGCCACCUAGAUAAAGAGAUGGGGGAAACCUUUCCUUGCCCCCAUAGCUAUGGGCCAUUUUUUUUGUUAAAACUGUUGAUAUUGUUUUACCCCAUAGCUUUGUGGGGAAGGGUGUCCCAUUCUAUGUUUUCUAGGUGGUUUGGAGGCUUCAUGGCUAUGUCAUUUGAGACUAAGCAGCUCCCUUUGCCCCUCAGUGGCUGCAGGUACCUCAAGCACAUUUUCCUUGAAUGCUAAAACUGUGUGGGGCAGAUACUGGUGCUGCUCCUUCUACUUAGAGCAGGCACUUGGCCAAGGCAGCAUUGGGGCAAGGGGUGCUUCAAAAGGUUCUUCCCGGUUUCUGAACUGCUCCCCCCCCAUUGUGAUGGACCUUUGGGGUUGUGCUGGAAGCCUCCAACACCAUCCAGAGAACGAGUGUCACAUCCACCCCAGACUCCACAGCACGGCGGCAUUGCAAGAGUCCCGCCACUUGGCCUGCGUUUGUGGAAAUGAGGCACAGAAGAGACUGUGGUGUCUUUAGCAUAUAUAGUCUAUUUGCCUACACACACACACACACACACACACACACAACUUGAGCCUAUGAUGGAGGGGCUCACAGCAAUACACGGUUAUUUUUCUCCCAUGGCUGUCGCCUUUGAUUUAAACUGCCACUAUGCUUUUUCUUCUAGCUUAUAUCAGGCAAGCUCCAAACCUGAAACUCCACCCUUGAAAUUCUUGCACUGUCUUCUGCUAACUACCCAGAGCCCAAGGGAUAGGGGGAAAAACCAUAAUGGCAGUUUGUGAGCGACAUCAAAUUGAAAAAUGGGGGGGGGGGCGGAGCUCAGAGCAAUGUGGGCUUGCAGUUUAAAUCCAAGGCAACAGAUUAGGGCCAUAACCCCCACAAGGGAUGGAGUCGCUUUCCUUCUUUGCUCAAUGCUGUUCUGUGUUAGCACUUUGGCUUUGUAUUUAUAAUCAGAUCCAUCAUAAGCUGGUAUUCAGCUCAGCCAGGGCUCAGAACUGGCAGCAGAGCUGGAGGAACUGCCCUGCAGGUCCUUGGUCCCUUGACUGCCUGCCCCUGGCCGGGGGUGGGGGCCUUAGACCCCUGGUUGCGCUGGAGUCUGCUCCAUUCUGCUCUUCAGCUUUUUAGGUUGGGGCCUGGGUGUAAACUGUGGGAACUUCAGCAGCUUAUGUGACAAAUGAGGAUGUGGUUACCACUCGGUCACAAGCCAAGAUAGACAAUUCCUGUUACGCAAAGAACUCCCGAUGUGGCCAGGCCAGGGGUCAUGUUCUGAAGAGAAGAAUGGCUGAAAGGCUGUCCCCUUGGUUGCCUGCUUCUUUUGCAUUGGUUCAUGUGAACAGAGGGCCGAAGGGAGAGGCAGUGUGUUUUAAAUGUAUUCAUUGGUGUCUUGUUUAGAGCCUGAUGACCACUUAACAGUAGCUCAGUCAAUAAAGAAGGAAUUUGACAGUCCAGAUAAUGCAGAUGUGAGAUUUCAAGUGGAUGGAAAAUACAUUCAUGUUCAUAAAGUCCUUCUCAAAAUUAGGUAUGGAACUAAUAUUCCCACCCUUUUUUCUCCCUUUUUGUUGUUCUGUUUUACAACCAGAAUCAAGCUGCUUGUCAGUGACGUAACUUAUUUUCCUUUUGUAUGUAAUUCUUCAGGUGUGAGCACUUCCGUUCAGUACUAAACAACAAUAACGAUGAAAUUAUAGAAAUAAGUGAAUUCUCCUAUCCCGUUUACCGAGCCUUUCUGGAAUACCUGUACACGGACAGCAUCAGUCUUCCUCCUGAAGAUGCAGUAGGUAAUUGGAAGAAAUGGGUUCAUUUAGAAGAGCCGAAGUUCAUUUCAGCAGGCUUAAAAUGUAAAGUAGUUGAAUGUAUUGAUUUUUUUUUUAAAUAAUUUUUAUUAAGGUUUCAAUCAAAAAUUGAACAGAAAAAACAUAAGAAAAAAUACACAAUUACACAAUGCAAAUCCCAGAAAAAAUAAAAAAAACACGAAAAGCAAGAAUCAACAAUAAAAAAAGAAACAUAACAAUUAAAAACAAUAUCUCUUUUCCAUUUCCGUUUUUAAAUUUACUUAUUUUCUGGACUUCCUCAUACCUCCCUCUUUUGUAUUCCAAUCCAAAUUGUUUGUCCAGCAAUUUCUUUUCCACUUUUUUAAUCCCAAUCUUUAAUUUUAAUUUAAUAUAUAACUUAAACUUCUUUAAUCCUAAUCUUUAAUCUUAAUGUAAUAUAACAUUGAAAUUUUACCUCUUAAGUACCAAAUUUCCAUUUCCUUAAACAUCUUUAAUCCUAAUCUUUAAUCUUAGUCUAUCGUUAACUUUAACCUGUACAGCUGGAAACCACUUAUUUUCAAUCCAACAUCACUCUAACAUUCUUUAAUUUUGCAAUGUUUCUGAAGAUAAUCUUUGAAUUUCUUCCAAUCUUCCUCCACCAACUGUUCUCCCUGGUCACGGAUUCUACCAGUCAUUUCCGCCAGUUCCAUAUAGUCCAUCAGUUUCAUCUGCCAUUCCUCCAGCGUGGGAAGUUCUUGUGUCUUCCAAUACUUUGCGAUGAGUAUUCUUGCUGCUGUUGUUGCAUACAUAAAGAAAGUUCUAUCCUUUUUUAACACCAUUUGGCCGACUAUGCCCAGGAGAAAGGCCUCUGGUUUCUUAGGGAGUAGUUGAAUGUAUUGAAAAGCAUGUGAUACUCUUUAAUACUUCAUAUAUUUUGAGAACAGCCCUUUUUUAUUCUGAUUAUUCAUUUGUUUAUAUAGGUGUCCCCCCAUUUAUGUGCGAUCAAUUUGUGCACCAUCAUGUAUACACGUGGCAUUGGGAAAUAAUUUAAUUUAAACUUGGAAAUGGUGUGAGAGAGCUAGAGAGUCCUUGUAGCUGGAGCUGGAAGAGGGCAUCAGUGAAGACAGAGGAAGCCCUGAAGAGACCUGAGGCACAGCAGGGCUUUUUACAGCUGCUUAACUUCCCCACCUAACAGCUGAUGCAUGGGGUAGCGCAGCAGCUGCCAGCCCCAGACCUUCAACUCCGGAUAUUGUAGUCUGGAUUGGGGAGAGAGUGGGAGAGAGCUAGCGAGCAGGAAAAAAGGGGGGUUGGAAGCUUUUUACAUGAUUUCUUCACAUGAUUUCAGUUAUGCACAUGGGGCCCCCACGCAAGUGGUAGGAUGCCUGUACAUUGAAUUUCAGAAUGGAAUCUGCUGCACUAACUUUCCACUUCCAGCAUGCAGCAUCCUUACUGUGUAUUUGAGAAUUCAUGGGUCAGUACAUUGGAUGCAUUUAUGAGUCAAUGCACUGGAGCAAUCAGCAUGUAUUUGUCCAACUUGUAGCCUUUGAGAAAGGCCUUAAUUAGCGGUAAAGUGGGUAAAUUAUAAUUUUGUGUGCAUGUAGUUGGAUAGACCUGUAGGUGUCACAGGACAUUUUGAAUAAAUGAUAAAAUAAGCAAAACCUUUGUUGGAUUCCUUUGGAGGCCCCCUUAGUUCAGCACUCAUACAGCCUUUCAAGAUAUAUCUGAUUGGAUUUUAUGUGAUGUAAGCGGGACAUGGCAGAAAGAGCAAUUGCCUGAUGAUAAUCUGGUCAUCCGUGGUAUUUUUCCCCAAUAAAACAGGGUGUGAAUUCUGGUUUUGCUUUUAACAAAUGUCCAGUCUUGUUUUAAAGUUCUCUAAGCAAGUGAUCCUGGCUUAUUGGAAGGAGCUGAGCAGUAGACCUUAAGUAGCCUUAUCUUUUAUUAGCUUUAGCAGUACAGAAUUCCUGCCCUCCAGAUGAGGGAGCCAGAGGGCCACCUGCCCCAGGUGGUGGCAGGAGGAGCCCCAGGUGCACAGCUCAACUAACCUGCAGGUAAUCUAAGAGGCUUUGCCCCUAUUUGAUUAUUUUCAGCCCCCCUAAUUUUCCUAAUGUACCAUUUGCAUACUUGAGCAAAAUUAAAUCACUGCUUCUCCCCAGGCUGCAGUUUUGAUAAAACAUUAUCACAGUUAUGCUGGCGUUCAGCAUAAUUGCUCAAUUGAUAAUAUGACCUUUGUCAUUGAAGACCCAAUAGUAUUUCACAUCUUCCGUAAAAGAAGAAGUGAAAUCUCAAUUAUUUCCCUUUUCAUUUUCAAAAAGGAACACUGCAUAAGCAUUACGUCACAUAACUCCCCACAACAAAGAAUUUAUAUAACGGGAACAUGGAAUUCAUAGCAGUUGCCAGACUCUGUUUGGGGUGGGAAGUGCAGGCCAUUGUCACGCAAGUCAGUGUGAAGAAAAGGGAAUGAGGAAAUGGUUGCUUUCAUAACACAUAUAGUCCGCCUUACUUUUUCUGCUAGAGGCUCUGAGGCCUCAGGAAUCAGGAUGGGGGUUGCUCAGUCCUGACUGAUCCCAGGCAGACCAAGCCAAGCUUCUCCUGGCUGCAACCUCAGGUCUUCACCCACUGAGUAGGAAGGUCUGAAGGGGGCAACUGUUGCACAUUCAGCUGAAUGCCUGGACAACCAGGAUUCCCGAUCCAGUGGGAAACUGGAAGCAUGUUAAAUAGUGCCCCCAAGAAGCAACCGGGAAGCUUGUUAAGCUAUAAAGCUGUGGUCUACCCAUUUUGAUCCAAGAAAUACAGGACUAUAGCAAAUGCAUUUUCCCCUCCUUAUUCCCCUUCUGGGCAGUUAAAUAUUAAGAUCCAGAGUUUCUGUUUCGGAGAAACCUCAGAAAAAUAGGGAUGAGUUAAAAUUGUGGAAUGCAAAUAGCAAGCAUGUUGUAUGUGCAAAACAUCCCUAAAUGUUUGGGUGUUUGUGUGCCACUGAAAAUAUGAACUCCUCAAUGUUUCCUUUCCUUCUAACCUGUGUGGCCACGUAUAUCCCCUGCCCCCCCCCCUUUUCUCCUGGCAGGUCUACUGGACCUCGCAACCUUCUACCGAGAAAAUAGACUGAAAAAGCUUUGCCAGCAAACAAUCAAGCAGGGAAUUUCCGAGGAGAAUGCAAUCGCCCUUCUUUCUGCCGCAGUCAAGUAUGAAGCAAAGGUAGGAAUGAGGCUUAGCAGUGAGGCUUAAUAGUUUCCUGCAGAGGCAUGCUGCUUGUGAUGUUUGAGACCCCUUGGUAUUGGAAAUAAUCUGGUAACUAAGACACUAAGCUGGGAAACCCCACCAGAUGGGCGGGGUAUAAAGAAUAAGAUUAUUAUUAUUAAAAUUUAAAUGAUGAUUAUGAAUCAGGAGGGGCCCAGUUUGAAUUUUGCUUUUGUAAUAUACCUUCCAGGUGGCUGUCAGGGGUGCUUCCCAGUCCAAGGAAUACACAUGGCAGAGUUAACUCUUUAGUCGCCUCUACAGCUCGGGAUACCUAAGCACAUGCAUGUAGUGUCUAGGCAGCUGUUCCCAGGUCUGGACUCUAUGGAGCAGUUGCAGCAACUGGAGAGCACUUUCCCUCCACCAGGUUCUGCCUCUUCUCCCCACAGCCUGUGCACACAUAGCUGGCACCUGCGUGGAAGACGCCUCUGUCCUUCCUCCUUCCAUCCUCUCCUGCUUCUGGGAGACAGUGGGGCAGGGGAGGGCGGGAAGCGAUUGCCUGUUCUUUCUCCAGCUCUGAAGCUUCUCCUGCCUCUGAUUCUUACCUCCUGGUUGGGACAGGUACCCACAAACCACUGCACUCCUCUCCCCAGUCAGAUGGCAGCCCCCUUCCAGCAGUGCACACAUAUAUGUGUCCUGCCAGGGGCAAAGGGCCAUUUUCUGAGCCUCAUCUUCCCAUCUACAAUCUGGAGAGCAUACUCCUGGCCUAUCUUCCUUGGCUGUUCUAAGGAUGACAUGACACAGGAUGCAAAGAAGUUUGAACAUUUGAAAGUACAGCACAAAUAUUAAUCUGAAGGUCACAGUUUUUUCUGGUUUACAAGAUAUCAAAUAGCUAUCUGAAAGGUUAGAGAGCUACAGACUUUCCCCUUCCCCUCUUCCUUCUAGACUUGCUUCUGUGGAUGUCUUCAUGGGACCAGGCACUAGUGACCAGCCCUUUUUUGUUCAUACCCACUACAACAGAUUGUCUGCACUGAAAUAUACUAUAUCAAGUAAAGGAAAAUAAUAAACGAAAUCCAUAGCUCAGCCACAAAGCUGCAUUUUCAGCAGAACUUGUACACUUUAAAAUAUCUUGAACACUCCCUUUGUGGGAGCUGUUUUUGUGUAUUCAUGGUGCAUGGUACAUUACUAUUGAAGAACUUUAAGUGACGAUUCUAAAAAAGCAAAGGGUUGGCUAUAUACUUACUCUCCUUAACUAAGGGAUGGACUCCUUCCAUUUACAGAGAGGAGCAAGUUCCUUCCUUCUGCAUGGAGGCAAUUUUCACCCAUUCCCCCUUCUUCCUGCUGCUCCCAGCUCGACCUUCUUUGCUGUUCUGAAUGCCCCCCCCCGACUUCUGGGGGAAUGGACAGUCAGAAACUCACUUCUCUCCUGCCUUUUAGCAGGAAGAGUUCUGCUCCUGGGUGGCCAGGAUCCAGCCUUCAUAGUUCUGUUGUAACAAUUUCUUUUCAAAUGCUUUUUCUUUUCUUAUUCAGGUUACUGAGUAUGGUUCAUAUUACUGGAGCCAACUUUAUUUUCAAUAUUGGCUGCAUUUGCAGAGGCUGAACUGUGGCUUAGUGCUAAUGGGCUCAGAUGCUUUAGUUGAGAUUUCGGCAUUGCAGUUGCACUAGAUGCCCCACAGGGUCCCUUCCAACUCUGAAGUCCUAUGAUCCAGUGACUGUUCGAAAUGAAGUACUAACAAGGAUUCUUUCAAAGCGUUAAUUCUAUCAUGCAACAGCAAACUAUCACUCGGCCUUAGAACACUUUUUUUUUUUAAAGCCUGACUAGCUUUUCAGGUACCUUUUAACUGAAUAACUUUCUAAAGAAAUGCCUGAAGUAACUGAUAUUACAGUUUGAAGUCUUGUUUAUUCUGCUAUAUUUUACUCCAAGACGACCCAUUUAUCCUAAAUAGAGCCCAAUAAGGCAGACAUAUAUGUACUGUACAAAAUAUAUUUUUUUAAUGUGAUCCCAUUGAGAUCCCAAGAUGAAAUUUUGCAAAUAACUCUUAUAAAUAUUAAAUCAUACAUAUUUGGCAAUUUUAAAAUCAUAUUAAUUUUUAAAUCACUUUUUAAAAUUUUAAAUUUUGUAUCUUAACUUUAAAAUUUAAAGUAAGCCCAUCAUGUGACAAUAGCAUAUUAAAGGUUCUGAAGAGAUCAGUAUUUUUAGUUUUGAAAUAUCUCUAUUCUGGGCUGAGCUUUCAAGGUUUUUGUGUAGUCUGGCAAGGCCAAAGUUGUCAUUUUUUAAUUUCAAACCCACAUAACUAAAAAAUGGGAUGAGAUAAAAAAAAUAAAAUUUCAGAUUUAAACUUAGUUUUGAUCAUUCAACAAGUGUACAAAAUAUUAAGAAAAUUGAAUUCCAUGAGGUAAAAAAAAACUGGAUCACUUGAUAUAGAAUGACCCGCAGUUGGAGUUACCAGCCCAUGGGUGGCAGCUGCUGUCAGAGUUUACUUUGAAUUUCGGCAAAUGUCAGCGCAGGGGCUGCAGCUGUGCCUGGAAAAUGUAUCCGCCAUGUCGCUUCAUUUUGGGUGGUCCCAUUUCCGCUAACAUAUGUAAUACUUAUUUCCUUCCUAGGAAUUAGAGGAAUUUUGCUUUCGGUUUUGCAUAAACCACUUGACUGUAGUUACUCAGACAUCAGGCUUUGCAGAAAUGGACCAUGACCUUCUGAAGAACUUCAUUAGCAAAGCCAGCCAAGUGGGAGCAUUUAAAAACUGAAGGAAGGGCAGUUGCAGAAAAUCAAGGUAUUUUCAGAAGGGAUACUCGCGAAGUAAGUGCUGGAAAAAGAGUAUGUCUCAUGAAUGCGGUUUGGCUCGCAAAACAUAGCCACUAACUUCACGGAGCAAAAAAGGCUGCGGGACUCUCAUAACCACUCCCCCACCCCCGGGAUAUUGUUGCAUCUUCCUUUAUGUCACUUGUUCAGCUUUGAAAAACCUUGCAUAAAUGCUCUUUGGCAGUUUGCAUUGGCAGCAUUCAGGAAUCAGUGUGCUGCCCUAGUAAGGGAAAACUCCCCCUCUUAGUACUCCUGGGGGGUGAAAAUCUAGGAGAGGACACGGUACCCCUCGGUCUAUGCACUUCACUAUGUUCUACUCUGUUUGCAGAGGAUGCCACCUCUUGGCUUUAGCUUGGGCAUGGACAGAAUUCAUGUCCUCUUCAGUUUGAGGGACUAAGUAACCUAUGCUUGUGUUCCAAACAUGUAAUGUAGAAUUCAGCGGACUUCUCUAAAAUUGUAUCUGUACUGUUUGCUGAACCCUUCAGAGCACCAUAUUAUCCUAAGUGAAAUUCAAAUAGUGUCACUCUAUCAGUCUCUCUGCUGCAACAAUGGUGCAAGCUUUUGUGGGCUUUUGACAGGGAAUUAAAUUACUCCCUGGUUUAAGUCUAGGCUAGUUUUCAGAAAUCUAAACCCACUUAAAAGCAAGUGUCAUAAAAGCUCCAGCUUUUAUCAGCCGCCUACAAAAGUGACUGCAGUGGCAAAUAACCUCAUGACCGGGAUUGAGAUGCGCUCAGCAACCAGAACCUACAGUGUUUUUUCUGCAGGUUGCUUUCCUUUUUUUUAAAAAAACAAACAGCCAGCAACUGGUGUUUUCCUCAUUUGCGGUAAAUUUGGUUAUUAUACCAGCCUCUGCUGUGGUUGUCAUUUCUAAGCUGUCACACACUAUAAUCCUCAGAGGCAAGAGGAGCAGGUAGCAGCAUCGUAAACCUCUCUUGUACUGCAAGCUACAAAGUCAUCUUUCAGUGAGUGCCUUUUGCAGCAGAAAUUGCUUCUCUACUUCCAUCUACCCAAGGGUGGUGGUGGAGGACAGAUAAAUAGUUUACAUUAAUAUGUCAGAACAUCAAUAAAAGAAGGAGGGGCAGUGGAGCUCCUCUAUGGAAAAGAGGUUGGCUGGGGGAGAAAACAAGUGGAUUUUUGAAGAGAUUGUGUUCACUUACCUUUUUUAACUCUGGUUUUAAAUUCUGCCAACCUGUGUAAAAUUUAUUCCGCAGAUCUUGGGGGGCCCUGAGCCCUUCCCCUUAACUACUAAACUUUGCUUAACUCUUCUUCCUCCACUCCCACUUCUAAGGCUUCAGAUAUCUAAAUUUAACCUUCUCUAAUCACACGCUCUUACAGGGAAAUCUCAACAGGAGCUAGUUCCUUCACUGUUAAAACUGGUAGAAAAUACUCAAGUGUGUUUGACUAAGGUGUCUUUUUAGAACUAGUCUUCUAAAGCUCUUCCAUGUAUGUGGGAACUUGAAAACUGCUUCAAAAUCUGAUACUUAUGUGUGCAUAUUUUAGGUCAGAGAGAGGCCACAGUACUGUUUUGUCUUCGUCACCAAAGUGAAAUGGGGUGCAAAGAAAAAUGGGGAAGAAAAUUGGUGUUUCUAGUCUACAAGGUAAAUUAUGAGAGCUUAUCACUCCUGCCUUCCUCACCAGGACAACUCCACCCAACCCAGUGACAGCAUGACACAAGUGUUACUGCCAAGUGUAAGCUAAUGCUAUAAAAGUUGCUUAUUUAAUCGUUAUUGCUGAAAAUCAGCAUCCUUGUGGGCCAUUCAAACCAAAUUAAGGAGUUUUUGCAUGAUACUGUGGCUGUGCUCCUGUGAUCUUGGAAAGACAUCCCAUGGCCACAGAAUGCAUCAGCUCUCCCUUUCUGAGAAUGAAGAGAUCCUUGGUCCUGCUUCUGCCACAACUGCCCUGACCAGACCAACCUUGGAGAUCCAGUGUCCUUAGGGCCAAAAAGGGACCUGCUGGCUGGCCAGCAACCAUGGGAAAGUGACCCAAAGGAGCUAGUGCAUUUGCUGUCCCUGCCCAUGUCCACCAGCUGAGGGCUCCUCCACCCUCAUUUCCAGUGCUGGCGAGAGCUUGGCAGAGCAUGAGAAAAGGAGGAAGACACUGCUCUCUCGCACAGUAACCCCAAAGCCACAGCUAGGAGGAGGCAGAAGAGAGGGCUGCAAACCUCUCCAGCCUAUUUGUAUCUGGAACUCAGAGCACUGACACUCUUUUGCCCUAACCCUUAUCUGAGCAUGUGAACCUGAACACUGAUACUGAAGAGAAAAUGUAACAACAACAACAAAAGGGCAUGAGGGCAGAGGGAGGGAUGGCAGGCGAAUAUGAACUGUAUUGUAGUAAUACAAAAACCCUAAUAAACUAAAGGUGAAAAAGCCCUAAAAAUAGUUACACACUAGGAUUUUGCUAGCAAUCUGACUGCAUUGAAAUCACUAUUAAUGUUAUACUACCAGUGUUUGUAAAUGUGUAUUGUACUGAAAUAAACAUUUCAAGAAUGUAGUUUUUUUUCUCUAAACCAUAAAUCAUGCAGCAUGAAAAUAAUCCAUACUUGGAGACAAAGGUGAGAAAAAAAUCCAUUUUUAUAGUUCACCUCUAUGCCACCCUAGGACCAAAAUCAAAUGCACAGGGUUAUGAGAAUUCAAGGUCAUAACUACAAGGAAAACUAUAUAUUGCUGCUUACUAUCCCUUCUUACAUGAAAAAGUGAAAUUAAUCCUUGAAGCAGUAAUAUUUAUCUGUAUAAAGAAUAAUACUUCCAAUGGACAGUAGUCACCUUUGCUUCAAUACAUAAUUAUAAUAGGAUAGUUAAACUUUAGUAGCCAAAAUCUUAAACUUAUUGCUAGUAAAACCCCAGGGUUUCAUUUUCAUAGCCUAGUUAAGCUUUAAAAUUCAACCACCUAUUUGCAUGAAAGCUUUUAACAUCUUUUUUUGUUCAAGAUAUGGAUGGAAAAGAGCACAUUUAGUAUUUGUACUGCAGAAAAGAAAAUGAUGAAUAUGCCUAUCAGUACAUUUCAGUAA